AUGCGCGUCCGGCGGUUCGCGGUUGCGCCAACUGGCAGAGGAUGUUGCUAGCAGCCAGUGAAGAUGUCUUUUUCACAACAAUAACAUCAACCAAAUUUGCAUCUCCGCAUACCUGAUUUAAGGAUUAUACAUUCCGAACGCUAUUGGAAACCGUGCAUUGGACCGCGCCACGACGAAUUUCCUUCUGUAUUUUUUUGGCUACAUCUUCUGUUGACAAUGGGAGCGCAGGGUUUUGCAGAUUUACAAGACUCCUUUUUGCAGGAGCAGAAGCAAGAAUCAUGGCUGGCCAGCUAGGCCGCAGAUGGAUUUUGUAGCUAACAGCAACAAUCUAUUGAUAUAAAAUACUGUAUAUAGGCUUGGCGCAGCUCAUAAACAGUGGUGCUAAGAAGCCAGUGUCUCACUUGCAAGAUUAUCGUUGAUUUUUGUUGUCUUUUUGGAGCCCACAACACAAGCUAGUGAGCUCGCUAGCUUCACAACCUUGACUGGUUAACGUCUUGCCUUCGUAGUUAGCUCCUUUAGCCAGCUAACUAUAGAUAGCAUCGCUUGGCUAGCCACCCGCUGGUCAAAACAUUUGGAAAAAUAUAUUUUCUACGGGAAAUACUGUGUUGUGUGCUCGGUAGGCAUUUGUAUUGCAAAUUCCUUUUGCAGCGUCUGCUUCUGGAUGAAUGUGGGACAAAAUGGAGACCCCGACGAUUGUGUACGAUUUGGAUACCUCUGGGGGCUUAAUGGAGCAAAUCCAAACACUGCUGGCGCCCCCGAAGUCCGAGGACGUAGAGAAGAGGAGUCGGAAGUUGGUGAGAGACGUCCGGAGGAGCGGCAGGGCCACCAACCACGACACCUGUGAUAGUUGCCGGGAGGGGGGCGACUUGCUGUGCUGUGACCACUGUCCUGCAGCCUUCCACCUCCAAUGCUGCAACCCACCUUUAAGUGAAGAAAUGCUACCCCCAGGGGAAUGGAUGUGUCACCGCUGCAAUGUUCGAAAAAAGAAGCGAGAGCAGAAGUCAGAACAGACCAACGGUCUACCGGAGAAGUCCUCGUCUAAGCGCUCUGUGUCCCCAGCCAUGGAGCUGGAGCUCAAUGCCGGCCCACUGCGGCUCGACGGCCUGCCUCCAGGGGCCGGAGCAGCAGGGCCCGGUCUACGAGUGGCUCAGGUACGCCUCUUGGACCGCAGGACCAGCAGCAGGCCUAGCAGCCGGCCCGGAACACCCACCUCCAACACUUCGUCCACCCCAACUCCCUCAGAGGAGCAGAAUGACGGGGAGGAGGAGGCAGCAGAGCCCGAGGAUGAAGUUCAGGGCUCAGAGCUUGAGGGUGCUAUGCUAUCCACUCCGGCUCCACGCCUCCUCAAGAGGCCCUUUCAGCUGCUAAUAGCAGCUGCUAUGGAGAGAAACCCUACGCAGUUCCAGCUACCCAGUGAGCUUACCUGCACCACUGCACUACCAGGCAGCAGUAAACGGAGGAGAAAAGAGGAGCUACUAGGGAAGCCAUUCAGGAGGCCUCAGCAUGAGCUGGAUCCCAAUGGUCUGGUCCCUCUACCAGUCAAAGUCUGCUUUUCAUGCAACAGGAGUUGCAGGUUGGCUCCACUGAUCCAGUGUGACUAUUGUCCCCUUCUGUUCCACAUGGACUGUCUGGACCCCCCGCUAACAGCUCUACCUGCUGGCAAAUGGAUGUGUCCAAACCAUGUUGAACACUUAGUGCUGAAUCAGAGAAGCCUGAGCCUGUCCAGCCGCUGUCAGCUCUUCGACCAUUUCCAGGACAGGAUGUCCCAGCACGCCGUCAAGUUGGACUUCCUGCGUAGAGUCCAUCGGCAGAACACACCCAACUGGCGCAAAACCCACCAGCACAAUAGGAAGACCAUCAAGGUGCCAGAUGCCAUCAAGUCCCAGUACCAGAAUCCUCCCCCUAUGCUGCUUCCUAAAGAGGUGCGCCAGUUGGAGUUGGUCUGUAGCGGCGUGCCUGACCGUCAGCCCUCAAAGCACCUCACCACAGAGACUGAGCAGCAGGAGUGGCUUCAGGAUGUCAUCGCCCUCCAGUGCAGCAUCAUGCGACACCUAUCCAUCAAGCAGAAGGCUUCAUCCACAGCAUCCACCCUGUCAUCAGUAACAUCGUCAGCAGAGUGGGUUUCUGAGCAGAAAGCCAGUCCUAAAUUAUGUGUCACAUCAGAGGACAUGAAAACUCAGGCUUCUUUAGGAAGGACUUCUUCCCCCGACCCCUGCUCUAAACCCUGCAGUACACCGGAUGACCCCCAGGGGCCCCUUCUUUCAAGGGGCACCCUUGCUGUGCUGGGUGUUUGUAAAUGCAGCACAACACCAUGUCAGAACUGUAGGAAACCCAACGGCCCUCUGGCAGCAGAGUGUCAGCCUCCCAAAGCCAACGGACCUGUAGACUGUAACAAUGCCUCGGACUCCUGCAGGCAGGCAGAGCUGCAGCACAGACUGAAGCCCAGCACAACACCCCCAGACGCCGCUCCUUCAUCUGGGCUGGUGAACCACAUAGGAGCAGAAACGGUUAAAAAGGAGCCUGAGAGCACUACAGAGGCCUGUGCUCAGAAAAUCUGCCCCACUGCCCUGACGAUAUGGCCCCACAGCAGCCAGCAGAACCACAGGAGCCACACAGAGCUCCAGGAGGAGUGUAUGAGCAGCAAUGAAAAACCCAGCUACUCCAUCACCAGCAGUGCUCGCUCAGACACACCAUCUAAAGGCAACCAGGAGCACGAUCCAACCAAGCUGGGGUCAUCAUUACCCACUCCAGACAUAAAGGCUGGUCCUGGACUGAUGGGCUCACUGCUGCCAAGCACUCUCUCCUCCAUCGCUAACCUGGCAAGCUGCAUGAAAGAUGGAAAGGAUGAGGAAAGAGGGAUUGAGCUGGACAAACUGGAUGCAGAGAUGAUCAAGCUCCUGGCCUGGCAGAGGAUCCAGCAGAUCUUCCCCCCAAAAGUGGCCAGCCCACCGCCUCCCCCAGCCACCAGCGUUGCCCCCAAAACCCCAUCGCCUUGCCCUGACAGUCAGAAGAAGGUGCAGGCCCGAGCUGUCUUCUACCCUCUGACAGGAAAAGGAGGAGCUGUCAGCAUGUGCUAUAGGACGUUGUACAUAGGAUCGGGUGCUGACAUGGACGUGUGCCUUACAAACUAUGGUCAUUGCAACUACAUAUCGGGGAAACACGCCUGUAUUUUCUAUGACGAGAAUACCAAGCAUUAUGAGCUGCUCAAUUACAGCGAGCAUGGCACCACCGUGGACAACGUCCUCUACUCGUGUGAUUUCUCAGAGAAGGCCUCGCCAUCUCCACCCAGCGGACUGGUUGCCAAAGUCCAAGGCAUCAUACGUCGCAGUAAGAAACGUGAGGAUGACGAGGGUCCCAGCUCUGUGGUGGGUUUAUUGCCAGCUGGUGGAGUGAUGAGCAGCCAGCCUCAAGGCGGCUCGGAGCUGUCAUGCAGCUGUAAGGCGAGCAGCUCCAGCCUGAUAGGAGGCAGCGGGGCGGGUUGGGAGGGCACCGCCCUGCUCCACCACGGCAGCUACAUCAAACUGGGUUGCCUCCAGUUUGUCUUCAGCAUCACAGAAUUUGCCAGUAAGCAGCCCAAAGAGGAGCCGACCACAACACCUGCCGCCAGUUGCGCCACCAGCAGCAGCAGUGCAGCCAGCACCACUACCAGCACCGCCCCCACCACCACCCUCACACCACCACCACCCAACACUGCCACAGUGAGCAGCCCCUCCAGCCAGGAUGAGACUGACACGGAGACUGUCCCUGCCCACCAAGUGCCCGUACUGCGCCCCAACUCUAUUCCAUAACCUGCACAGGAAGUCCCGCCCUCCCUCCUUUGUUUUGCACCUUCCAAGUCACAAUGAAGGGAAAGCUGCACAGCUGGUUGGUCAACAGGGAAAAGUUUAUUUUUUAUUUUUUAAUGGUUUAUAUAUUUGCAUGAACUUGAAGUAUUUUUGACAAUCUCUUCUGUUUUUGAAUGACUGACCAGUAACCCUCUGUUCACUUCAGACCGGACGUUGAGCGAACUUAUUUACCUAUGCUCAAUUUUUCUUUUGCCAGUAUAUUGGUCAUGUAUGGUGUAACAAUUUUUUGUCAGCCCAUUUAGCACAAACCUUUUAUUUUGUAGUAUUGAAUUCUAUACAUUCUAAUUUCUUUUGCUGCUUUUGCACCAUAGGUAGCUAUAUAUGUAUGAAAACAUACAUGCUUAUACACUAUAAUAUGUAUAUAUAAUGUAAAUAUAUAUAAUUCAGUGCUUCUCAAUUGGAGAAACAUUGGAUUUCAUGUAGAUUUACCAUUUUUUGGUUUUUAACUGUACAGUUCAUGGAAUUUGUGAUACUGUGUAGAGUACCAGAAGUUUUGUGAUAAAACUUGUUCUUAGUCUGUACUUUCCGCUGUAGUCCAUCUGUAAAUACUGUAUUGUUUUAGCACUCAUUUUAACAUCUUGUGCUGCUCUGUAUAUAAGCACUCUUUGUCUGUACCUGCUUGUCUGUUCAAACCUGUAAAUACAGAAAGAUUUUCUAAGAACAAACUCAA